AUGUGCUGCAAAGUUUUUGGUGUGUUAGUCUUGGCGCUAGCUGCCUAUGCGAUUCCUCCAUCGGGGCCUCCUCCAUCCGGCGAACCACCGGUCCCAUUUGAUCCUUCCGGCGCUCCACCUUCUGGACCACCACCAUCCGGAGAACCUCCAGGACCUUUCGAUCCGUCGGAUGCUCCACCAAAACCGUCCGGUCCACCACCACACCCACACUUCUCCAGAAGACCCCGACCAACAAGACUUCCUCGACCAUCGAGACCACCACCAUCCGAAGAACCAUCUGAUUCUGUUCUAAACUUUAUCUUCGGCAAGCCAAAGCCAUCGGGACCACCGCAUCUACCACCAUCAGGUGCCCCACCAAGUGGAGAGCCUCCAGCACCAUUCCAUCCUUCUGGAGCUCCACCAUCGGGUCCACCACCAUCCGGAGAACCUCCAGGACCAUUUGAGCCAUCUGGUCCACCACCAUCUGCUGCUCCUUCAUUCUUCCAGUGGAUAUUCGGAAAGCCAAAGCCAUCGAGGCCACCACAUCCUCCACCAUCGGGAGCUCCACCAAAACCAUCCGGAGAGCCACCACUUCCUCCAUCUGGAGCUCCACCAUCAGGACCACCACCAAGACCACCACGACCAUCCGGUUCACCGCCGUCCGAUGGACCAGAAGGCUCAGGAUCUCCACCACCGUUCUAA